AUGGCGAUAAAUUCUUCGUCAGAAGCCGGAUGCAUCGAGUGUGUGAGAGGAGGGAACGAUGGCGGCGAUCCGCAGGAGACGAUGGAGAUUCUGAUGGAAAUAUCUGCGCUAUUGAACACCGGCUUGGACAGCACCACUCUACAGAUUUUAGUGGAGCUUGUUGAACAAGGUGUGCAUCCAGAGGCACUGUCACGUGUUGUCCUCGAGAUGCGACGAGAACUCCAGGCAGUACGGGAGAAGGAGGAGAAAUCUGCGAGGAGCGAUCCCAUUCAGGACUGA